UUAAUUUAACAAUCUAAUAUACUGUCCAUGAUCUACAUGCUUUCCCUUUCCUUUAAUGAACUGGUUAGUGGAAGCCUGUAUCUUGUAAUCGAUACUUUUUAGAUGCUGCUUAGAUAAUUGAAGACAAAUGUGAAGAUUUGCCACCAUACUUUGUGAAAACUGUGAAAUGUCUAAUCAUAGAGAAUUGCCUCUGGUUUUUCUAAAGAAAUUAUAUUUGGAGAUGAGUUUAGGCAUGCUAUUUUGGUAACAGUGUUUUAAAAUGAGAGAUGUGAGGCCAGUAACAAUGUUUCUAUGAACAAAAAGUCAGAAAGAAGCCUAUAUAGUGUAUUUUGGAUAAGCAAUUCCUUUUAUUUCAGUGUGCCUCUUUAAGAUAAGACUUAACCACCACCUUACACCAACAGAGAACUUACAGAACUCAAUUCAGGAUGAGUAAAGUAGACAGUAGGUCUUGAGACGGUCAUGUCAUGUGAGUAAUGUGCGGAGUGCUUCAGUUAGCCAAAAUGCAAUGAGCUUGGGAUGGAAUAUAUAGUAUAUCAUAUAUCUGGGUCUUUAUAAUUAUUUUAAGCCAUAGUAAUUUUUGUAGAUGUGUUUUUGAAAGUGAGGUUUUGGGGAGUGUAUAUAGAGCUAUAGAAACUUAGUUCAGGUAUCUGUUUUGCUGCAUUUAAUUUGUGGUAUGAUGUGCUGUAUUAAUGUUACUUCCACAAGUAAACUGAUAUAUUCAAUCCCUUUGUCACCAUUCACUCGGUUUUAGCCCUUAACACUUGGUGUUGACUCUUGGUCAGUGUGUUAGAACAGUAGACCAAAAGUAUACGGUAAGAAUAGCCUCACUUGAUAAAACAUAGAGAUUAGCUGGUUGUGGAAGGUGCUCUUAAUAGUAGUGGAUUUGGGGACAUCUAGGUUCCUUGGUUAAUGUUUGUUUCUUUUGUCUGUUUCUUUUUCUUUCAUUUCUACACAUUCAUGCAGUAUUUCAUGGUUCUAUCAAAGCAGCAGUAAAAAAAAAUACUCUUGACGCAUGAAAAUUAACUGGUGAGGGGCCUCAUUGCUAUUUUUAAAUUGUAGUUUUGUUUUUAGUCCUUUUUUAAUCAGAGGAUCAGAUGCAUGACUUUUUUUAAUGGAUGCAGAUCUUCUCUCAGGUGUCUCACAAUAAAUUCAAGAGGAUUUUAGUUUGCCAGAAAUGUUGCAAAUGCACUUAAUUUGAGUAAUAUGUUGAUACUUAAUAUAUCCUCUUGAGACAUAAUUUUGCAUGCAAAAUUAUCCCUUUAUCUUUGUAGGUUUGUUAAUAUUGAUGCAUUAAUGCCCUAUAUCCAAAUGAUCUUCUCCCCUUCCCUCCAUAACUCUCGGUAUCUAAAUUGAUGACAGCUCUGACACAAGCAAGAUAGCAGUGCUGUGUAGUAUACAUUUGUUUAUAUUAUCGGCACUUCUCAGUGUAGGUGGAAGGAACCAUUACCUUUAUUUAACAGUGGUUUUUCUUUUUUGUUGUUGUGUUUUACAGUUCUUUUCCCUGGUUCAGCCUGAACUAUAUACCAGGCCCUGCUGAAAAUACCACCCAACAGUUUUCUUCUGCAGCUUAUCCAGUUUCUCUUAAGUGCCCUGUACAUAUUUGAAGCAGCCGACACGAGUCGUUGUUCAUAAAACAGCUUUUGAAAGUUGAGAGCACACCCCUGGAGAACCGACUGUGCUUGCUUACGUUUGGUUCAUGACUUAAAAAUCGAGUACAGGUGAUGAAAUCUUGGCAGUGUUAACAAAACAGUAGUGUGUAUUGUGCUAUUUUUUUUUACUCUAGAAACUUAACCAUUGUAGAGAAAAAGGAAACAAAUUUUCACACAUUGAAGUUUCAUUCUGACAUAAAAUUAAUGAUAAAUAAUCAUAGAGAUCAAACUUUAUAUUUUAGCGAACAUAAGUACUUUCAACAAACUCAGGUGGUGUAUCAGGGAGACAUUUUCUGGGUGUUUUUGUGUGUUUUCUGUCUUACAAGAGAGUGUGUUCUCAUGCAAGGAUGUUUCUCUGCAGGAGUUAUUCCUGAUGAGACUAAGGCUUUGUCUCUAUUGGCACCAGCUAAUGCAGUGGCAGGUCUUCUGCCUGGUGGUGGACUCCUGCCUACACCCAACCCACUUACCCAGAUUGGCGCUGUUCCCCUGGCCGCAUUGGGAGCUCCAGCUCUUGAUCCUGCCCUUGCUGCUCUUGGGCUUCCAGGAACAAACUUGAACUCUCAGUCCCUUGCUGCAGACCAGCUAUUGAAGCUUAUGAGUACUGUUGAUCCCAAAUUGAAUCAUGUAGCAGCUGGUCUUGUUUCACCAAGUUUGAAGUCAGACACCUCUAGUAAAGAAAUAGAGGAAGCCAUGAAGAGAGUGCGUGAAGCUCAGUCCCUGAUAUCUGCCGCUAUUGAGCCAGACAAGAAGGAAGAAAAGAGAAGACAUUCGCGAUCAAGGUCACGCUCCAGGAGGAGGAGGACCCCCUCAUCCUCCAGACACAGGCGGUCACGAAGCCGGUCAAGGAGGCGGUCACACUCCAAGUCCAGGAGUAGAAGGAGAUCCAAAAGUCCAAGACGGAGACGAUCUCAUUCUCGGGAGAGGGGUAGAAGGUCAAGGAGCACAUCCAAAGCCAGAGACAAAAAGAAAGAAGAUAAAGAAAAAAAACGUUCCAAAACUCCACCAAAAAGCUACAGCACAGCCAGACGCUCUCGGAGUGCAAGCAGUUUGCACAUUUGUGAUUCUAGAGAGAGAAGACGACGGCGAAGUAGGAGUGGUACAAGGUCCCCUAAAAAGCCCAGAUCUCCUAAAAGAAAGCUGUCCCGCUCACCAUCCCCAAGGAGACAUAAAAAAGAGAAGAAGAAAGAUAAGGACAAAGAAAGAAGCAGAGAUGAAAGGGAGCGAUCAACAAGUAAAAAGAAGAGGAGCAAAGACAAGGAGAAGGAACGAGAAAGGAAGUCUGAGAGUGACAAGGAUGUCAAACAGGUGACUCGGGAUUAUGAUGAAGAGGAGCAAGGCUAUGACAGUGAGAAGGAAAAGAAAGAGGAGAAGAGACCAACAGAAGCAGUGUCCCCUAAAACAAAGGAGUGCUCUGUGGAGAAGGGGGCGGGCGACCUUCGAGAGUCCAAAGUGAAUGGGGAUGAUCACCACGAAGAAGACAUGGAUAUGAGUGACUGAGCCCAAGGCUGGCUGCAGAUGGGCCUCAGUGUCAUUCCUUGUGAUCCCUAAUGCUGUGUGUGUUCAUCUCACCUAGGUGUAUACAGCUGCACAUUACCAAUGGCUGCAGAACACCCAAUCAUGACCUCUAGUGCUUUACAGCAAAAGCUGUAAAGUGGUACCUGGGUGACCAGCAUUGCCAUGGUUACAUCCAUUUGCGUAAUCAAGCAGCUGUGCAACUGCUGCUUCUAACAGAUGAACAGCUGCAUGCAUCUCCAGCAGGCAUGGAUUGUCUCUUGUCUAUGAUCCUCAGUGCGUUCACUUAGAGUAUUUCUAGAGUUUGAGUCCUUGCCGUGAUAGAGCCAUGUAGGGAAUGCACUGAUUGCAUGUUACCCCAAGCGUCAUGAAACCUUCCGACACGGUGACCUAUUUAAUGGUCUUGUUUGUUGACAUGACAAAUUAACAUUCUUAGAGUUACAUCUCGAAAAAAGCAUUUGUGAUAGAUAAGCCCUUUGAGCCUUGUGGCUAAAUUUUUGUGGCUUUGUUUAACUUUCAAAGGUUAUAUAUGCACUAACCUUUUUUGAUGGCUAAGUAGGCUUUAAAUUACAGUAAAAUUUUUUCAAAUAAAACUGGCUGUAAAAUAUGAUAUUUUGAAUUAGAGUUGUUCACUUUUUCAUAGCCACUUAUGUUUUUUUCCCAAUAAUUUAUUUCACAUCUCUACCAGUGAACGCAGCCCAUCACUAGAAAAUGACCUUGUCCUGAUUUUCAGUUUUCAACUAUUAGUUUUAAAGCUCACUGUUGAACAAGAGGAAGUGGUGGUGCAUUUUAAAUUGACUUUCAUGUGCUUUUAAAAUAUGACAGAUCUCCUUGAUAAUGUACUUUUAUUUGAUCUCCAGUUGUAUAAAACCAAUAAAUUUGUGUUACUUUGAUUGCAGUAGUAUCUUAUGCAUAGUGAUUCCAUGUUAUAUGCAGACUAGUUAGGCAACUGUUUUCUUAGUUAUAAGCUUCACUUUUGUGCAGUUAAAAAACAAAAGUAGGCUACAGUCUGUGCCAUGUUGAUGUACAGUUUCUGAAAUUGUUUUACAAGACUUUGAUAAUAAAACCCUUAAACUCACAA